CCUACCUUAUUCCCUCACCCCCUCCAUCCCCCUCUCCCCAUUCUCUCACAUUUCAAUAAAACAGGAAGAGAUGAUUCAAUCCUAAAUCAAAUAUUCUUCACCCAAGGGGAGAGAGACAAACACACACACACGCACAUGUAUAUAUAUACAUAGAUGUAUAUAAUUCAGAACCCUUCCCAUUCCUCAAUCGCCAUUUUCAAUUCCUUCUAUCUCACCAUUUGUUCUUGAAUUUUCAAUCACAAUUUGGGUUUUUUCUGGGGUUAUCAAAGCCCCCCCCCCCCCCCUAGUGGUUUCAACACUUUUCCCAUUUCACACACUGAUUUUGAUCACACACAUCACAAAUAUGAUUAGCAUGUGAUUUUGUACAUAACCAAAAAAAAAAGAAGAAGAAUGGGAAACAAGUGUAGCAUCAAUGCAAAGAAUUGCUGGUUCUCCACAAUCUCACACACACUAUGGUGGGUUAAGUGGCCAACCGUGAUUACUUACCAUCACAAGAAAGACAAAGAUGACACCUUUAUACCCAUACAAACAACCCCUCUUCCUCCUCCCCCUGUCCAGACCAGCCCCCCUCAGCCCCCCAAGAUGGAGCUUGAGGCACCCCCACAGCCCCCUCCACCCAAGGCAGAGAAAAAGGAAGAAUCUUUACCACCCCCCAAGCCCAAGAAGCCUCUGGUUUUCACGAGGGCUGUGAGCGCCGGCCUUCGGGUGGACUCUGUGCUGAGAUCCAAGUCAGGGCAGCUCAAGGAGGACUUUGAGCUUGGGCGAAAACUCGGGCAAGGCCAGUUUGGGACGACGUUCCUCUGCGUUGAGAAGGAGACCAGGAAAGAGUAUGCUUGCAAGUCCAUUGCUAAGAGGAAGCUGCUGACUAGGGAGGAUGUGGAUGAUGUGAGGAGGGAGGUGGAGAUUUUGCAUCACUUGUCGGGGAAUUCGAAUGUCGUCUCUAUCAAGGGGGCGUACGAGGAUGCCACUGCAGUCCAUGUUGUGAUGGAGCUGUGUGGAGGGGGUGAGCUCUUUGAUAGGAUCCUCAAGAGGGGGCAUUAUUCGGAGAAGAAGGCCGCAGAGCUUACUAGGACUAUAGUUAGUGUGAUAGAAACAUGUCAUUCUUUGGGAGUGAUGCAUCGGGACCUCAAGCCCGAGAACUUCCUUUUCGUGAAUGAGGACGAGGAUUCGCCUUUGAAGACCAUUGAUUUUGGACUGUCCAUGUUUUUUAAGCCAGGGGAUAUGUUUUCGGACGUGGUUGGAAGCCCUUACUACGUCGCUCCAGAGGUGCUUUGCAAGCACUAUGGACCAGAGGUAGAUGUCUGGAGUGCCGGUGUCAUAGUAUAUAUCCUUCUCUGUGGUGUGCCCCCGUUUUGGGGAGAGACUGAGCAAGAAAUAUUUGAAGAGGUUUUGAAUGGAACCGUUGAUUUCAACUCGGAUCCAUGGCCUGGCAUAUCCGAGAGCGCCAAGGAUCUCGUGAGGAGGAUGCUCCUGCGUGAUCCCAGGAAGCGUAUCACAGCUCAUCAAAUUCUUUGCCAUCCUUGGGUGCAGGUGGAGGGAGUAGCGCCUGAUAAGCCUCUCGACUCUGCAGUUUUAAGCCGUUUAACGCAGUUUUCAGCUAUGGACAAGCUCAAGAAAAUGGCUCUAAGGGUGAUUGCAGAGAGUCUGUCUGAAGAGGAAAUAGGAGGGCUGAGAGAAAUGUUCAAGAUGAUCGACACGGAUAACAGUGGUUACAUCACAUUUGAAGAGCUCAAGGCUGGUCUUGAAAGAGUUGGUGCUGAUCUCAGUGAAUCUGAGAUUUAUGAUCUCAUGAAGUCUGCAGAUGUGGACAACAGUGGGAGCAUAGACUACGGGGAGUUCAUAGCAGCAAUGCUGCAUCUGAACAAGAUCGAGAGAGAGGACCAUCUCUACACGGCCUUCUCCUACUUCGACAAGGAUGGCAGCGGCUUCAUCACACAAGACGAGCUGCAGAAGGCGUGCCAAGAGUUUGGAUUGCAAGAUUCUCAUUUGGAAGACAUCAUCCGCGAAGUUGAUCAGAACAAUGAUGGCCGAAUAGAUUGCAACGAGUUCGUGGCGAUGAUGCAGAAAGAGAAUGCAGAUUAUGGUAGCAAGAGGAAUCUGAGUAACUUUAACAUCAAGUUCAGAGAGGCUGCUGCCAAAGGUUCUUGACAUUAAACAAAAAGAAAAAGAGUAAUGUUUGUGAUUCCCUUUGCCAAAUUAUUAUGAUAUUUGUAUAAUGUGAAGAUUUAUGUGCAUAUAGAAUUGUUUCAAGGAAACUUCAG